UUAAUUGUUGUUUUCCUCGCGAUAAUAUAAUUGAUAUUUGCUACAUUCUCCAUCCAUCUUAAAACUUUUUAUUAAAUUCCUCCUCCAAGAUUGAUAUAGUGACGUUCCUUUGAUUUUCGUAUUAUCUAUGUUUUUUGUAUAGACUUACAUCCAUAGAUAAAGUUAACCUCUUUCUUGAUCCGUCAAGCUUUGUAACAAGGCUGAAAAAUGACGAACUCCAAGGGUUAUCGCCGUGGUACCAGGGACCUGUUCGCCCGCAGGUUCCGCACACAUGGAACUAUCCCGCUCUCCACGUACAUGAAAGUGUACAAAGUUGGAGACAUCGUUGACAUCAGGGGUAAUGGUGCAGUCCAAAAAGGUAUGCCACACAAAGUGUACCACGGCAAGACUGGCCGCGUCUACAACGUCACAGCGCACGCUCUCGGCGUAAUCGUGAACAAGCGUGUGCGCGGGCGCAUCCUACCUAAGCGCAUCAACAUCCGCAUUGAGCACGUCAAGCACUCCAAGUGCAGACAGGACUUCCUCAAGAGGGUGAAGGAAAACGAAAGGUUGCUGAAGGAAGCUAAGGCGGCCGGCAAAGUUGUUCACCUGAAGAGACAGCCCGCUCCCCCCAAAGCAGCGCACAUCGUCAGCGGUGCGGAGAAACCGGUGCUGUUAGCGCCGAUCCCGUACGAAUUCGUAGCGUAAACGGAAUAAAGUAUUUUUAAGAA